GCCACCCCCUGGUGGGGGAGGGGAAAAGCUGCAGCUGCGCAGUGUGUGGCUCUCGCGCGGCUCCUGCGUCUCGCGCUCCUUCUCUCGCGCGCGGGUGGCGGUUGGUUGGUUGUCGCUGGCGGUGCCUCAGGCGUUAGUACCGCACUUCACAUCAUGGCGGCCGAGGACAAAUGUUACCUCGGCUUCGACCUCAGCACACAACAGCUAAAAGUUACGGCUAUUGAUGAUGAACUGAAGGUAAUCUCAGAGUUCAAGAUGAGCUUUGAUGAGGAUUUGUCAGAAUUUGGGACUUCAGGGGGUGCAGAGAUCCAAAGUGACAAGCUGACUGUUACAGCACCAGUCCUGAUGUGGGUAAAGGCAUUCGAUCUGGUCCUAGAAAAGAUGAAGAACUCAAAAUUUGAUUUUACUAAAGUACAAUCCUUGUCUGGCAGUGCCCAACAACAUGGCAGUGUGUACUGGAAAGAUGGAGCCAGUGACACUAUGAAAAAUAUGCCAGCGAAUCGUUAUCUCCAUUACAUACUUGAGUCAAGUUUUUCUGUAAAAGACUCUCCUAUCUGGAUGGAUUCCAGCACGUCAUCGGAGUGUCAAAAUUUGGAAAAGGCUAUUGGAGGACCAGAACGACUUGCUGAAAUCACUGGUUCACGAGCUUAUGAGCGUUUCACAGGAAACCAAAUUGCAAAGAUCUACAAGAAAUACCCUCAACAGUACAAGGAUACUGAGAGAAUUUCUUUGGUCAGUAGUUUUCUUGCCACUUUGUUUCUUGGAUCCUAUGCAGCAAUAGAUUAUAGUGAUGGUUCAGGUAUGAAUCUGCUAGACAUCCGUAGACAUGUUUGGUCAGAGAAAUGUCUCGAUGCUUGUGCACCAGGUCUUAAGGAGAAGCUUGGAAACCCAAUGCCAUCUCAUGCUGUGCUGGGCACAAUUUCUCCUUACCUUAUCGAACGCUAUGGAUUUAAUCCAGAUUGUAAAAUUGUUGCUUUCACAGGGGACAAUGCAGGAUCAAUGGCAGGCUUGCGAAUCGAGGAAGGAGAUAUAGUGGUUAGUCUUGGGACGAGCGACACUGUCUUCUUCUCAGUUAAGGAUCCAAAGCCUGCUGUCGAUGGACAUAUCUUCUGUAAUCCUGUUGACUGCGAAUCUUACAUGGCACUUGUAUGUUUUAAGAAUGGUUCCCUGACCAGAGAGAGAAUCCGGGAUGAAUGUGCCAAUGGUUCGUGGGACGAAUUCUCCAAAGCUUUAAAGGAAACUACUCCAGGGAAUAGUGGAUAUAUAGGUACACUAGUAAAUGUGUGCAUGCAAAUGCAUAGCCUAGUUCAUUGUUUGGUAGUGUUGGAUUUGCCCUCCAAUAAAAUUAGUCUAAAGUGUAAAAUAUCCCAAAUAUCAGUCUAGAAUUGUUCUCGUUGAGCACAU